CUUUGAAGAGCACUGACGGUCGAAUGGAACACACCUCAAGUCACCUUAUGUGACCAGAAAACAAAAGUAAAAGAAGACACGGAAGAGACGCCAGUCUGGAGAUGCAGUGUAUUUAACUCCGUUAUGCUGUGGUAAUUAGCAGAUACAUUACUUAAAUCAGGAGAAAGAGUUGAGGAAUACACAUCCAAAAUGCAUCACUGUGAGGUGAUAGAGGAGGACAGGAAGGAGAAAGAAGAGUAUGGUGCAGGAUCCAGCUGUGUGUCAAUGAAGAGUGAUCAGUCCAUGCGCAAUCCCAUUACUUUCAGUGAUGGAGCCGUGACCUCUGACCCCAGAUCUGUUCCAUCCCGCUCUCAGAUCCAUAUCAGGCAGGACAAAACUGAAUCAGUCCUGCAGACACACACACUGGAGACUGGAGACUUGCAGAGAGUCAAAGACCAGCACAAAACCAGCAUGAAGAGCAAUUAUGAGAGAUUAUUUGAGGGAAUCAAAUGCCAAGGGAAUGAAACCCUCCUGAACCGGAUCUACACACAGCUCUACAUUAUAGAGGGAGAGAGAGAAGGAGUGAAUGAAGAACAUGAGGUUUUACAGAUGGAGAAAACAGCCAGAACACAACACUCACAAGACACUCCAAUCGACUGCAAUGACAUCUUUAAAGCCUCACCUGAACCAGUAUGUAAGGAGAAAGACCAAAUCAAGACUGUUCUUACUAAAGGCAUCGCUGGAAUCGGAAAAACCGUCUCUGUGCAGAAGUUCAUUCUGGACUGGGCCGAGGGAAAAGCCAAUCAGGAUGUAGAUUUCAUGUUUAUGCUUCCAUUUCGAGAGCUGAACUUGAUCCAAAAUCAUCAGUACAGUCUUCACAGUCUUCUGCUGAAUAUUCAUCCUGAACUUCAAGAUCUGGAUGUAAAGAUUUUUGAGGAGAGUAAAGUUGUGUUCAUCUUUGAUGGUCUGGAUGAAAGCAGGAUCACACUGAUGUUUUCAGAAGCUCAGAAAGUUUCUGAUGUGACUGAGACUUCAUCACUGGGUGUGUUGAUGUCAAACCUCAUGAAAGGAGAGCUGCUUCCCUCUGCUCUCAUCUGGAUCACCUCCAGACCAGCAGCAGCCAAUCAGAUCCCCUUCACAUACAUCAACCGUCUGACAGAAAUUCAGGGAUUCAAUGAGCCUCAGAAGGAGGAAUAUUUCAGGAAGAGAAUCAGUGUUGAACAUCAAGCCAGCAGAAUCAUCUCACACAUCAGAAGCGCAAGAAGCCUCCACAUCAUGUGCCACAUACCCGUCUUCUGCUGGAUCUCAUCCACUGUGCUUCAAAAGCUCCUGGUAGAUGAUCUGAGUGCAGAAAUCCCUCAAACUCUGACUGAAAUGUACAUCCACUUCCUGCUGAUUCAGAUCAACAUGAGGAAUCAGAAGUAUGAAGAGAGAGAUCCAGAGAAACUCCUGCAGUCCAACAGAGAAGUGAUUGUGAAACUUGCUGAAGUGGCUUUCAAACAGCUGAUGAAGGGCAAUAUGAUGUUCUAUGAGGAGGACCUGAGAGAGAGCGGCAUAGACGUCACUGACGCCUCAGUGUAUUCUGGGAUUUGCACUGAGAUCUUUAAGGAGGAAUCUGUGAUUCAUCAGAAGAAAGUCUACAGCUUCAUUCAUCUGAGCGUUCAGGAGUUUCUCGCUGCUUUCUAUGCAUUUUAUCAUUAUGUAAUCAAAAAUGUUGACACAUUGCAGUUUUGUGAUGUGAUACAUAAUCUGCAUAGGGAUGCAGUAGAUAAAGCCCUUGAAAGAAAGAGUGGACACCUGGAUCUAUUUCUGCGGUUCCUGCUGGGCAUUUCACUGGAAUCCAAUCAGAGACUCUUACAGGAUCUACUGACACACACAGAAAACAGUUCAGAGAGCAUCAGGAGAACCACACAGUACAUUAAAGAAAAGAUCAAAGAUGAUCAUGGACUCUCCACUGAAAGAUCCAUCAAUCUGUUCCUCUGUCUGCUGGAAGUGAAAGAUCAGACUCUGUCCAGAGAGAUUCAGGAGUUUGUGAAAUUAGACAAACACUCAGAGAGUAAACUCUCUCCUGCUCACUGCUCAACAAUCGCCUACAUGCUUCAGAUGUCAGAGGAGGUGCUGGAUGAGCUGGACCUCAAGAAAUACAACACAUCAGAUGAUGGUAGAAGAAGACUGAUACCAGCUGUGAGGAACUGCAGAAAAGCACUUCUAGUUGGCUGUAAUUUCACUGCUCAGUGCUGUAAGAGUUUGUCAUCAGCUCUACAAUCCUCAAACUGUGUCCUGAGGGAGCUAGAUCUGAGUAACAAUGACCUGCAGGAUUCAGGAGUAAAGCUGCUCUCUGAUGGACUGAAGCAUUCAAACUGUCAGCUGGAGAUACUGAGGAUGUCAGGCUGUAUGGUGACCGAGGAAGGGUGUGGUUAUGUGUCUUCAGCUCUGAGUUCAAACCCCUCACACCUGAGAGAGCUGGAUCUGAGCUACAAUCACCCAGGACAAUCAGGAGUCCAGCUGCUCAACAAAAAACUGAAGGAUCCAAACUACAAUCUGCAGAUACUCAAUUUGGACCAUGGAGGACAUUUCAGAAUCACACCAGGACUGAGAAAAUAUGCCUGUGAUCUCACACUGGAUCCAAACACAGCACACACUCGACUCAUCCUGUCUGACAGAAAUAAAAAAACAACAUAUGUGAAUGAUCUUCAGCUGUAUCCUGACCAUACAGAGAGAUUUAAUGACCGAGAGCAGGUUUUGUGUCGAGAGAGUCUGACUGGACGCUGUUACUGGGAGGUUAAAUGGAGUGGCUCAGGUAAUGUAGCAGUGGCAUAUAAAGGCAUCAACAGGAAAAGUGGGAUUGACUGUUCGUAUGGAUUCAAUGAAAAGUCCUGGAGUCUGAACUGUUCUGAUGAGAAUUACACUGUCUGGUACAACAAUAAGAGCACUGAUGUAUCUGGCCCUUCAGCCCGCUCUAAUAGAGUAGGAGUGUAUGUGGACGUGUCGGCCGGCACUCUGUCCUUCUACAGUGUCUCUGACACACACACAUUCACACACAUAUACACAUUCAACACCACAUUCACUGAACCCCUCUAUGCUGGAUUUGGGGUUUACCCAGAAUCUUCAGUGUCUCUGUGUCAGAUUUAACC